GUUUGAUGUCAUUGUGUGCAAAGUGCUGUAUUUCUAUCCUGUCUCGUUCUCUUCUACCGAGCCGACGCUCUUUCUUCUGAUCAUCCUUCUUCAUCGGCAGCCAUGUCUGAGAAGCCCUCCCACGAGCGUGUUUCGCGCGACUUGGAAGAGUCGCCUGUACGCAAAAUAUCUGUAUCGCGCUCCAUCGGUGGCCAUGGCAGGAGCAAAGAAGAGGAAAUAGAGCGCAUCGACAAACUGGCAACAGCUCCAGGCGUAACUCUUGAAUCUUUCGCACAUCUGGACGAGAAGAAAAUCUUACGCAAGAUGGACUGGCAUCUUAUCCCAAUGCUUGCUCUUCUCUAUUUGCUGAGUUUCCUUGAUCGUGGAAACAUCGGCAAUGCGAAAAUCGAGGGACUGCAGGAGAACCUAGGCAUGACUGGCGCGCAGUACAAUUGGUGUUUGACUGCUUUUUUCUUCACAUACGCCGCAUUCGAGGUUCCGUCUAAUCUUCUGCUCAAGAGACUGCGCCCGUCCAUUUGGCUGCCAACGAUCAUGGUAGCGUGGGGUAUCGUUAUGACACUGAUGGGCAUCGUGAAGGACUACCACGGCCUCCUGAUCGCGCGCAUCUUCCUGGGGGUAACAGAGGCGGGGUUGUUUCCAGGUGUUGCUUAUUAUAUUACGAUGUGGUACUGUCGCCAUGAGGCGCAAUUUCGACAAGCACUAUUUUUCAGUGCAGCUUCCGUCGCAGGCGCAUUUUCCGGUCUUAUGGCAUUUGGUAUCGCACACAUGGAUGGCGUCGGCAAUCUAGAGGGUUGGAGAUGGAUCUUCAUUCUCGAAGGGAUCUUGACUGUCUUCGUUGCAAUCCUGGCGUACUUCACGCUGUACGACUUCCCAGAAACAGCGAGCUUCUUGACCGAAGAAGAGCGAGCGUUCGUCGUGUACCGCCUCAAGUACCAAGGGGCAUCGAAUACGACUACCCAUGGUAUGCGUGUAGCGCAGGACGAUACCUUUCAGUGGAAAUUUGUGAGGGCUGCGUUCCUUGAUUGGCAGAUCUGGACAAACAUCUGGGUCUAUUGGGGCAUCGUAUGUCCCUUGUACGGCAUUUCGCUCUUCUUGCCCACGAUCAUUCGCGGUCUUGGAUACACUUCAUCCACGGCCCAGCUCCUGACUGUGCCGAUCUACAUCACAGCAUCCGUACUUGCGAUCGCAGUAGCGUGGUGGAGUGAUCGUGUCGGCAAACGGUACCCCUUCAUUCUGGUCUGCCUCUGCAUCAUGGCCGUCGGGUUUAUCAUGUGCGUUUCAAGCGCAACACCAGGUGUCAUUUACGCCGGUGUGUUCAUCGCAGCAUGCGCUUUGUAUCCAGCUUUCCCCGGAAACAUCACCUGGUUGUCGAACAAUUUGGCCGGUUCGACCAAGCGCGCCACAGGCCAAGCCAUCCAGAUAGCUGUGGGCAACCUUGCAGGUGCCAUGGCUUCCAACUUCUAUCGCGCUGAAGAUGCGCCUCGUUAUAUCCUCGGGCACACUCUGGAGCUUGGAUUCAUUGGCGCAGGUAUUAUCGGCCUCCUUGUGUUGGUGUUCAACUACAAGAGGAUCAACAAGAAGCGGGAGCGCCAGCUAGCAGAGGGCACGCACAAUGGGUAUACGCCGGAGGAGCUCGGCGAGCUUGGGGAUCGUUCUAUGACUUUCAAUUAUGUCUUGUAG